AUGUUCAAUGCGUCUCAUACAGAUACACCCGCACUUGGAGACAAGCUGGACAGGAUUCGGGAGAGUUUCCGAUCAACUUGCUACAGCUUAGAACUUCCUCCCUCUCCUGAUGCGUUGAGUCGGUUGGACAUUGAAGACAUCCAAAACCUGGCACUGGACCUAGUCUCUGUGCUACGAAGCUUGCCAGAUCUGCGAAAGCGACCGUCCGUGAACAGUCGCAGGAACCUAUUGAGCGAUGUCUUAAGACUUAAUUCUGCGAUCAGCACCGACGACUUUGAGAUCGAUCGGCUAAUCCCACUGCUUACUACCGUUGUUAAAGAAGAGUCCGACAAUCGAAUUUGGGACGAAGCCCUUGCCGUCCUUGCCGAAUCCACCCCUCCUCCUAAACCUCCCCCCUUCCUCGACCAAACACCAUUUCUACAUACCACGAGUAGCUUCGUGAAUUCCUCCGAGCAGCGGAAGCACAUAGAUGCCGUUUUAAAGGAGGAGCUCGGGCCAACCUACAUCGGUGUGCAAGGGUUCUAUGAGGCGUAUUUUGGUAGUAUCGAGGGUUUGGAACCAUCCGGUGCUACCUUAUUUCAAAGAUGCCAGGAAGGAAAUAACCCCCUGUUCACUGAAAAUGGGUGGCGAGACUGGCCUACAAGCGCGAAGGAAAGGGACGUCUUAGAUUGGCUGUCUAGUUGGCUCAAACGACUUCGAGACAUGGCCACUGAAGAAGGUUUUCGCCUAACAUCUCCACGUACGGUUUUGGCACAACCUGAUCGAGUGUUGGCGGGAUCCACCGCUGACCGCAAGCUGGACAUUGGUAUUGUUUGCGACCCACAUGCAACAAAUCAAAAACCUCAUUGGUCGCACAUUCUGAUUCUAGGGGAGCUGAAGAGUAACCCUAAAGAAGAUUGUGCCUCGAAGACGUGGCGUGAUCUGGGACGUUAUGCAAGGGAGGUUCUCACUACCCAAGACACUCGCCGGUUUGUCCUGGGCUUUACUCUAUGUGGGUCAAUCAUGCGACUGUGGGAGUUCGACCGCGUGGGAGCCAUUGCAUCAUCUCCUUUCAAUAUCAAUGAAGAUGGUCGUCGGUUUGUUUCAGUCAUGCUAGGGUUUCUGCUGAUGAAUGAUGCACAGUUAGGAUAUGACCCCACCGUCAUGUCCAAUUCGGAUGGAAAAAGAUUCAUUGAUAUAGUACGCAAUGGGCAGUCAGAACGACUUAUUCUGGACAGCCUUAUGAAGCGGGCCCCGUGUGUUGCUGGCCGAGCCACGACUUGCUGGAAAGCCCACCGCGAGGGGGACAAGACGAAUACGCCGCUUGUAAUCAAAGACUCGUGGCAGUAUCCAGAGCGAGAAGAGGAAGGCAAACUUUUGGCUGAAGCAACGGAGAAAGGUGUGGUGAAUGUUGCAAGGUAUUACUAUCAUGAAACGGUGCAAGUAGGUGGAAAGGUCGAUGACAUUUCUUACAAUGUUCGCAAAGGGCUUGAUGUGACCCAGGUGACAAACUACCGAUCGAUAUGUCCUGAGACAUCUGUUAAUUCGCGAGGUGCAUCUGGCAUGGCAAGGAGAGACCGAAGUGCCAGGAGUGUAGCGCGCAAGAGGUCAUCAAGUCGUGCCAGCACCGCACUGCCGCCAAACAAACGCACCUGUUCGAGCUCACCCUCCAAGGAUGAUCAUGGUCCUGCCUUGCAAAAUCGAGUACAUCGUCGUGUCAUAGUUAGCGACUACGGGACGGCUAUCUAUAAAGCGAGAAGCAGGAUUUCCAUGCUUUCUGCAGUCAAGCGUUGCAUACAAGGUUACGAAUCCCUGCAUAAAAAUACAGGACUUCUUCAAGGUGAUAUCUCGACUGGAAACCUUAUUCUCAAUGAGGAGGAAGACAAUCCAUCCUGGCCGGCAUUCCUUAUUGACCUGGAUUUGGCCAUCAAGGAGCGACGUGAGCGGCCUUCUGGAGCCAGAGCAAAGACUGGAACAAGAGCAUUCAUGGCGAUUGGUCUGCUCCUUGGUGAGCGGCACUCCUUCAUGCAUGAUCUGGAAUCUUUUUUUUGGAUUAUUUUCUGGAUUUGCAUCCACUAUGAGGGACCAACUGCGGGCAGAGUCGUGCCGAAAUUUGAGAAAUGGAACUAUGUGGACAUGGAAGAGCUUGCUGAGUUGAAGAAAGGAGCUGUAGCUCACGAAGGUGAUUUUAUCAGCAUGGUGAACGAAUACUUUACCGGCUUUUAUAAGCCUCUAGUUGCUUGGGUGAAUCGUUUGCGAAAGGUGGUCUUCCCAAACGGUGGACGGUGGGAGAAAGAGAGUACAGAGCUAUAUUCGCGGAUAAUAGAUGUCAUUCAGGCAGCAUGUGAAGAUCCCGCGGUUAUAGGUGAAUAG